AGACUUUUAUUUUGAAAGCUGUCCGGGUGCAGCUUUGUCCGGAAGUAAAGCUCGCUCUAAUGUUAUGGAUCAUGUGAAACAUUCAGCUGUAUGAUCAAUACGUGUAUUAUGAUGCGUUGGCAUGUUUACAGAAUUCAUACAUGAUUUUCGAUCAUCAUAUUAGGUAUAAUGUGGGACAGUCAGUCAUUUGUGGGGGGUGUAAGGAGGACUCUGAGGCUCGAUGUCUUUAAAGAUGUUGCUCGUCAGUAUCCUUUCAUCUUCUGUAUCUUUACUGUCAUGAUCUCAUCCACCAUCAUACUCAACCAAUAUCUUCAUAUCCUGCUGAUAUUCUGGUCUUUUCUGGCUGGCGUCAUCACUUUUUAUUGCUCUCUCAGCCCUGAAUACCUGCUGCCCAAUAUAUUCAUUACAGUCAAAAGUAAGAGAAAACCGCAGGAACAACAGGAGUUAUUCCCUCUGGGUCACAGUUGUGCAGUAUGUGGAAAGAAGCAGUGCACACGUCACAGACCCACACUUCUUCUAGAAAACUAUCAGCCAUGGCUGGAGCUAAAGGUGCCGUCUAAAGUGGAUGCCAGUAUUUCAGAGGUUUUUGAGUUAGUCCUGGAGAACUUUGUGUACCCAUGGUACAGAGAUAUAACAGAUGAUGAGGCGUGUGUGGAUGAACUGAGACAGACGAUCCGUUUCUUCGCUGCGGUUCUGGCUCACCGAGCACAAAAGGUGGAUCUUCCUUCAGUUGUGAUGGGUAAAAUGAUGAGAGCUGCUAUGAAGCACAUUGAGAUCAUUGCUAAAGCACAACAGAAAGUGAGGAACUCUGAAGGUCUCCAGCAGGCGGCUCUUGUGGAGUACGGUGCAGAUAUACACGUGGCUCUGCGUAGCCGCAAAGAUGAACUGUUGUAUCUGAGGAAACUGACAGAGCUGCUGUUUCCUUACGUCGUGCCUCCUAAAGCUACAGACUGCAGAUCUUUGGCUCUGCUGAUUCGGGAGGUCAUGACUGGUUCGGUUUUUCUCCCAAUAAUGGACUACAUAGCUGACCCAGACACAGUGAAUCACAUGGUGCUCAUCUAUAUUGAUGAUACUCCACCUGAGCCGGUGACCGAUCCGCCAUCUGCACUUGUGCCGUUUCUGAAGAAGUUUGCAGAUACCCGCAACAAAAAAUCAUCUGUGUUGAAGUUGGAACUGAAGGAGAUCAGAGAGCAACAGGAUCUGUUGUUUCGCUUCAUGAGUUUUUUAAAGGAGGAAGGAGCGGUUCAUGUACUGCAAUUCUGUCUGACUGUAGAGGAGUUUAAUGACCGAAUCCUGAGUCCUGAUCUGAGCGAUGCAGAGAUGCAGCGCUUACAUGAAGAAGUUCAGAAGAUUUAUGAAACAUACUGUCUGGAGGAGAGCAUCGAUAAGAUCAGCUUUGACCCCUUCAUCAUAGAAGAGAUUCACAACAUUGCUCAGGGGCCGUACACAGACGUGGUGAAGCUCCAGACGAUGCCAUGUUUGUUUGAGGCGUACGAGCAUGUGUUGUCUCUCCUGGAGAACGUCUUUACACCCAUGUUCUGCCACAGUGAUGAGUAUUUCAGACACCUGCUCUGGGGUGCAGAUUCUCCCGCUAGAAAUUCGAAACUGAACAGGAAUUUAAGUUUGGAUGAUUUAAGAGUUGACAGCAUCCCUCUGGCUGGGCCUUAUAAUACUGGCCACAGAUCUCCAUCCAUCAUUCCCAGAACUUCACCCACAACCAUGAAAUCCAUCUUAGCACUUCACCCCAGAGUUUUAUCAUCCCUCUCCGAUUUAAGAAAGAACUCAUCGAAACGCGGCGAGUCCUUUGGCAUCAGUAGGAUUGGCAGUAAGAUAAAGGGAGUCUUCAAGAGCAAUGCAACGGAAGGAGCCAUGCCGCCACAGUACGCCAUGAUUGAAGGAGAAGAUGACUUGGUGGAAGAGGCAGCGAUGGUGUUUGAGGACGACUCUCCAGGGCCUGUAGAGGGCGCUGGGUCUCAAGGAACACAGCGUAAUCUUUCUGCAUGGACCGUCUCUAUCCCUUAUGUGGACUUUUAUGAGGAGGAAGUUAAGAGAGAGCGCAUCCUAGUCUUCUGCAUCGAUGUGGAAAGACAUGACAGGUUAAACGUGGGACAUGACAUUGAGAGCUGGUCUGUGUACAGAAGAUACCUGGAGUUUUAUGUGCUGGAGUCCAAACUUACAGAGUUUCAUGGUUCAUUCCAGGACGCCCAGCUUCCUUCCAAAAGGAUCAUUGGACCAAAGAAUUAUGAAUUCCUAAACUCCAAACGCGGUGAAUUUGAGGAAUAUUUGCAGAAACUACUGCAUCACCCCGAGCUGAGCAACAGUCAACUACUGGCUGAUUUUCUGUCUCCACACAGUAUGGAGUCUCAGUUUCUCGACAGAACGCUGUCAGAUGUUAACCUGGGGAAGAUUUUCAAGUCUGUUCCAGGAAAACUCAUCAAAGAGAAAGGACAGAAUCUGGAGCCGUUUAUUCAGUCUUUCUUCAGUUCAUGUGAAUGUCCUAAACCCAAACCCAGCAGACCUGAGCUCACAAUCCUCAGCCCCACCGCAGAAAAUAACAAAAAGCUGUUCAAUGAGUUAUACAGAAACAAUGCCAAUCUGCCAGAGGGACUGGAGAGAAAACACAACCAGAAUUACUUCAUGGAACUGAUGGAGGUGGACGGAGCGUAUGACUACAUCAUGUACAUAGGUCGUGUGAUAUUCCACAUGCCCGACUGGCUUCAUCAUAUCCUGAGCGCAGGUCGUAUCCUCCUGAAGAAAACUCUGGAGGCGUAUGUUGAACACUACUUCCAGUUCAAACUCGAACAGAUCAUGCAAGAACAUCGCCUCGUAUCUCUCAUCACCCUACUGCGAGAUGCUGUUUUCUGUGAGAAUACUGAGGAACGUUCUCCUGAAGACAAACAGAAACGAGCCAAGCAGACCUUCGAGGAGAUGAUGAACUAUCUGCCAGAUUUGGUGGGGAAAUGUGUCGGUGAAGAAGCGAAGUUUGAGGGUGUGAAGUUGCUUUUCACAGGCGUCCAGCAACCACUGCUUAAUAAACAGAUAACGUAUGUUUUACUUGACAUCGCUGUGCAGGAGCUGUUCCCAGAGCUCAGUAAGAUUACAGGUGAAGCUCCCAGACAGCAGACGACUCCGGGCCAGAUCCGCACCGGAUCGGGGCCGAAGUCACACAACAGCUGUUACAUGGCUUCUAUCUAGUAGUAUACAAUGUCUGUUGUUUUGUCUCCUGUAGAAUCAGAAGUCGGGUCUCUCUGUCUCCUCCACUAGACGGACGAAAGACAUCAUCUAAGAUCGUCUGACGCUAUAACGCUACAACAUUGGAUUUUAUUGGACUACUAAAAUAAAAUAAUUUAUUUACUUUA